UUUUGACCACACUGAUUGUACUCAUUUCUCUUUGAUUGCGCCAGAUGCCGCGACAAUGGCCGGUCGUCAGCGAACCUUCGAGCUGAUACCUACGACGCUGGCGAAGUCCCAUGGCAACCAGCCGACUUAUAUGACCAGCAAACAGGUCAAGAAAGCAUACCAGGAAGCGAAUCGGGGACCGAGGAUAUCGAGAGCAGAGCAGCGCCGACUGGACGCCGAGGAGCUACAGAGGCAGAACAAGGAAUAUGAGAGGGAAAGAGUUGCAGCCAAAGCCAAAGCUGCCCGGGAGAAGAAGGCGGCAAAGGAAACUGCGGAUAAGGAAGCCAGAAGGAGGAUGAGGCUGCCGGAACCCAGUCGAUUCGUACGAGCGAGCCAGCCUACAAUAUCGAAAUUCGUCAGGGGUGGUAACAAUGGGAAACGGUCGUGGCAGGAAAUGAAGAUGCAUACUUUGGAGGAGGACUCAGAGGGUACAUUGUCUGAGAGUGGGUUCGGGGAAAAGGACGAUGCCCAACCUCCUGCAAAACGAGUUCCGGCUGAGGAUGACUCGGAGGAUGAAUUUGGAGACUUUCCAUCUCUAUCGCAAUCAGACCUGCUAGAGAAAAUCGACAGUUCAAUGGUAUCUUUAAAUGGUGCUGGAACAGGAUCUCCGGCUGUGGUAGCAAAGCAACCAGCCCUGCCACCCUGCCAAGAACCAUCGCAAAGCCUGCCCGCGAGGAAAUCUUCCGAAGAUGAAUACCCACUGGACAACUCACAACUUGUUGCGGAGAUGGUCAACACUCAGCUGCUGUCGGAGGCCGCGGAAGCAGUCCAAAGGUCGGAUGGUACAGAACUCCCUGUGCCCAAGCAAACCACACCAAAGCCAACGCUUUCAAAGAAGCCACAGCAACAAGUGCAGCCAAUUCCGAGGGACAUUUUACCCAAACCGACAGAUGCAAAAAACCAGAAGCUAUCAGUAUCCAGAUCUGCAGACAGUAAUAAUGCCCGCACCAAACCUGCAAAGCCUACUGUGGUUUCUAGACCAGUUUUGCAAGAAGUAUCCACCAAUAUGCCACCUCCACCAAUCCCUCUCAAAGAGAAGAAGGCCAUAUCAUUCGCACCAUCGCCUCAAAAACAUAGAUCUCUACUCCAAAUAACCACCAAAACGACCAACAAACCAAAACAUAUUAUUCCUCUAUCAGGGACUCAAGUCUUCCUAGAAAAUCAUCUUGACGACUUCUUCCCCAGCCCGACCCAAGAAAUCCGUGAGCUCCUCUCCGAUGUAGACGACCUUCCUUCAAACACACAAAUAGCACGAGAGCUCAGUCCAGAUUCCCCCAAGGAAGAUUUGAACAGUUUGCCACCCAACAGAGCAACAAUGAGAUGGCCUAAUCUGAAGCCUAUAAUAGAGGAGAACGAAUUUGACAACUUGAUAUGCACUCAAGACCUCAUUCUGUCUUCGCAAGAGCUUCUUGAGAUCACGACGCCAAGUCGACCACCGCCAAAGUCACACGUUGAGCCCGAGCCAGUGAAACAAAAGCCAGUUCCGAGGCCAAAACCGAGAUUUUUCGAAGAAAAAGAUGAUGACAUCCUUCAUGCUGUAUUACAUGAGAGCAAGACGAACGCUAUUCGGUCACAUCGUCCAGCACCCCAAACAAGAGAGACGAAACGCCCCUUCUUUGAGGAAAAAGAAGAUGAUUUACUUGCGGCUGCUAUUUACGAGAGUAAGAUGAUGGCGGGGAAGCAGCAGAUGGUAAAGGUACCGCUAAAAGAGACGAAUGAGAAUGAGCGGAAAGAGAGGACGCUGAAAAGGAGAAUUUCAAGCGCUUCGACGGACUAUGGAGAGGAUGAGUUUAGUGGGGAGGAGUGGGAAUCGUUGGUGUUGUGAUUACGUUUCUGUUUUCUUUAUAUGGUACUUUGCGUAAGGCAAGCAUGGGUUGGAUGGCAGCAUUGGGAAUUCUAGGCAUAGCAUGGAAGUGAAGCAUGGUUGCAUGGCAGCAUUGGGGCGGAAUGGAAAGGCAUUGGUACUGUAUAUUUGGGAAAGGAUUGCUGCAUUGUUUCUUUGUAUUGUUCGGAGCAUUAUAGAAGGUUAGGAAGGAAACGAAGAUACCCAUAGCAUUUUCAGACGGAAUGGCAAGUAGCAUAUGGAACGGCAUAUUCAGAUCCAAU